UGAUCUUUUCAUGUCACCUCUGCUCUGCUUCCCUUGCACUUCCACGCUUUUUCUAGAACCACCAAACAGCGGAGCAGAGCAACGCGUCACCGGUCGCCAGAUCUCCCGCGCUCCUCGCCUCCGCCCCCGAUGAGCUCGGCCGCCGCCUCCUCCGCCUAGCCGCCGCAAUGUCGUCGGUGCCCGACGCCGAGGGCGCCCUUGGCGGCGCCUCCCCGGCCGCCCGCGUGCUCGGCCGCGCCCUCGACAAGAUCAUCAAGCACUCCUCCUGGCGCAGGCACGCCGCGCUCGUCGCCGCCUCCAAGUCCGCCCUCGACCUCAUCACCUCCGCACCCGCCCCGGAAUACGGGUCCGAGGCCCCGCCUUCCCCCGUCCCGGGCAUCCCCGCGCCAGCCGCCGACGCCGCCCUCUCCGUGCUGCUCCUCGCGCUCGACCCGGCGUCCCCCAAGGUGGCGGAGCCCGCGCUCGAGUGCGUCGCGGGCCUCCUCUCACUCCGCCUCCUCCUCGGCGACGUCGACGCCGCGGACCCCUCCCCCACCUCCGCCCCCUCCUCGUCGUCCCCCGUCUCCAAGCUCUUCGCCGCGGUGCUCUCCUGCGGCGCGCUCGGCGGCGACGACGCGCUCGAGCUCGCCGUGCUGCGCGUGCUCCUCGCGUUCGCACGGUGCCCGACAGUCUCCGUCAGCGGGGAGUGCCUGGGUCAGGUGGUGAAGGCGUGCUACAACGUGUACCUCGGUAGCGCUAGCGGUGGGAACCAGCUCUGCGCGAAGCUGGCGAUCGCGCAGGUGCUGGCCACUGUGCUCGCGCGCGUGGAGGCGGACGCCAUGGACGUGCGCGUGCGCACGGUCUCUGCUGCCGACAUGAUGGACCUCUCCGACCGCAGCCUCAACGAUUCCAGCGUCGUGCAGGCGGCGCAGGCGUUCAUAAACGAGGCCAUGGAGGGGAGCGACGUGCCGGAGGAAUCACCCCCUAUGGAUGUGCCAAUCGAGGGGGAAGGCAGUGGGGAGGAUGUUGGAAUGAGCAAAAUCAGGGAGGAUGGCCUGGCUUUGUUCAAGUAUCUCUGCAAGCUAUCGAUGAAGUUUGCGACGCCGGAUAACCCCGAUGAUCCACUGCUGCUGCGGGGGAAGGUGUUGUCACUCGAGCUGCUUAGGAUGGUCGUUGACAACGCAGGGCCGUUCUGGAAGACGAAUGAAAAGUAUCUUGAAGCAAUUAAGCAGUACCUUUGUUUAUCCUUGUUGAAGAACAGUGCCUUGUCCGCAAUGAGUGUUUUCCAGUUAUUGUGCUCCAUUUUUAUGAGUCUGUUGUCAAGGUUUAGAUCUGGUUUGAAAGAGGAAAUUGGAAUAUUUUUUCCUAUGCUCAUCUUAAGAGUUCUUGAAAAUGUCCUCCAGCCUAGUUUUUUGCAGAAAAUGACAGUUCUAAACUUUUUGGAGAAGAUAUGUAAAGAACCACAGGUUACUAUUGAUAUCUUUGUGAACUACGAUUGUGAUGUUGAUGCACCAAAUAUUUUUGAAAGGAUUGUCAAUGGACUACUAAAGACUGCUUUAGGUGUCCCUGCUGGAUCUACAACAACAUUAACUGUUGCACAAGACCAAGCAUUUAGGAUUGAGUCUGUCAAGUGCCUUGCAACUCUUAUUAAGUCGAUGAGCGCAUGGAUGGACCAACAACUAAGAAUUGGUGAAUUUUCUCUGAGAAGUUCGGAAACUCAAGGUUCGAUGGACAACCAUAAUAUCCAUAAUGGAGAAGAAGGGAGUGGAAUGGAUUAUGAACUGCAGUCUGACGCUAGUAGCACUGACAUAACUGAUUCUUCCUCACUUGAGCAACGUCGUGCUUAUAAGAUAGAACUUCAGAAAGGAAUUGCCUUGUUCAACAAAAAACCUUCCAAAGGUAUUGAUUUUCUCGUUCGCAGCAAGAAAAUAGGCCAGUCUCCAGAAGAUGUGGCUUCUUUCUUGAGAAAUACUGCUGGCUUAAAUGCAACAAUGAUCGGAGACUAUUUGGGUGAAAGAGACGACUUUCCCCUCAAAGUCAUGCAUGCUUAUGUGGACACGUCAAACUUUGAAGGCAUGGACUUUGGUCAGGCAAUUAGGUUCUUCUUGCAAGGUUUCAGGUUACCAGGUGAAGCACAAAAAAUUGACCGGAUCAUGGAAAAGUUUGCUGAACACUACUGUAAAUGCAAUCCAAAUGCUUUUACUAGUGCAGAUACGGCAUAUGUUCUUGCUUAUUCUGUGAUCUUGCUGAACACUGAUGCUCAUAAUCCAAUGGUGACAAAUAAGAUGUCUAAGGCUGAUUUUAUGCGCAAUAACAGAGGAAUAGAUAAUGGGAAGGAUUUGCCAGAAGAUUAUCUGAGUGCAUUAUAUGACCAGAUUGUCAACAAUGAAAUUAAAAUGAGUGCUGAUUCUUCAGUUUCACAAACCAAGCAACCCAAUAGUGUAAGUAAGCUUCUAGGCUUAGACAAUAUUAUCAACUUUGUCAACUGGAGAUUAGCAGAAGACAAGGCAGAAGGAGCAAAUGACUUCCUCAUUAAGCACAUACAGGAAAAAUUCAAAGCAAAACGUGGAAAAUUAGAGUCCACGUUUUAUGUUGUUGCUGAUGCAACCAUUUUAAGAUUCAUGAUGGAGUCUUGUUGGGCUCCUGUGAUGGCUGCAUUCAGUGUGCCACUUGACCAGUGUGAUGAUAAGGCUUCCACAUCACAGUGUUUAAAGGGAUUAAGAUUUGCCGUGCAUAUCUUAUCUGUUAUGUGCAUGCAGACACAGAGGGAUGCUUUCUUAACAUCCAUAGCCAAAUUCACAUCCCUCCAUUCUGCUGCAGACAUGAAGCAAAAAAAUGUUGAUGCUAUGAAGGCUAUAAUAUCCAUCGCAAUCGAAGAUGGCAAUUACUUGCAGGAAGCUUGGGAGCAUGUAUUAACUUGUUUAUCACGGUUUGAGCAUUUACAUCUGCUUGGAGAAGGGGUUCCCACUGAUGCUUCAUUUCUCACAGUAUCUCAGGUUGAGUCUGAAGAAAAAACGCAGAAGUCUACUUCUGUUCUAUCUUCAAAGAAAAAUAAUGCUCUUCAGAAUCCUGCUGUGAUGGCCGCUGUUAGAGGGGGUACUUAUGACAGCACAGUGGCAAAAACCAGUGCAUCAGCACUGGUUACUCCUGAACAGAUCAAUAAUUUCUUAUCAAACAUAAAUUUGUUGGAUCAGAUUGGCAUUGUUGAGUUAAAUCACAUCUUUGCCCAUAGCCAAAGAUUAAACAGUGAUGCUAUUGUUGCUUUUGUGAAAGCUCUUUGCAAAGUCUCGAUGACUGAGCUGCAGUCUCCAACGGAUCCUCGUAUCUUCUGCCUUACAAAAAUAGUAGAGAUCGCGCAUUACAACAUGAACCGCAUACGUUUGGUUUGGUCACGUAUUUGGAAAGUUUUGUCAGACUUUUUUGUGUCUGUUGGGUUGUUAGAAAAUCUUUCUGUUGCUAUAUUUGUGAUGGACUCUCUGAGGCAGCUGGCCAUGAAGUUUCUGGAAAGAGAGGAAUUGGCAAACUAUAACUUUCAAAAUGAGUUCCUUAGACCUUUUGUGAUUGUUAUGCAGAGGAGUAAUGCUCCAGAAGUACGAGAGCUGAUCGUUAGGUGUGUCUCACAGAUGGUUCUGACUCGGGUUAAUAACAUAAAGUCUGGGUGGAAGGGUGUUUUUAUGGUUUUUACUUCUGCCGCAGCUGAUGAUACAAAAAGUACUGUCCUAUUGGCAUUUGAGACUGUGGAAAAAAUUGUUCGAGAUUAUUUUCAUCACAUAACUGAGACAGAGACCAGAACAUUCACUGAUUGUGUUACUUGUCUUAUUGCAUUUACAAGUAGCCAAUUUAACAGUGAUGCCAAUCUCAAUGCUAUCGCAUUUCUCCGGUUCUGUGCUGUUAAACUUGCUGAGGAAGGAUUUAUUUGUCAAGAUAGGGGCACUGAACAACCCAGGAAUUUAGACAUGUCAGGUGAAAAUGCCACUGUGCACAAAGAUAGUCAUGCUUCCCUUUGGGUUCCUCUCCUUGCAGGUUUAGCCAAAUUGACAAGUGAUCCGAGACUGACUAUAAAAAAAGGUGCUGUAGGAGUGCUUUUUGACAUUUUGAAGGAUCAUGGACACCUGUUCUCGCAAACCUUUUGGACCGAUAUCUUUGAACGUGUUGUUUAUCCUCUAUUUAGCAGUGAAAGGUCCACACCCAAUGAUCAGAUUUUGACAUCGAAUAGCGCUGAGUAUAAUUUACCUGAUAUCGAAACACAAACAUUGGCAGUGAAAUGUUUGGUGGGUUUGUUUGUUAAUUUCUUCGAUGUGAUACGACCAGAACUUGCUAGAGCUGCAUCUAUUGUCACAUAUUUUGUCAGAAGUCCCUACAAACAUUGUGCUACCACAGGUGUAUCUGCGUUUCUGCGUUUAACAGAGGGGGUUGGUAACAAACUUUCCAAGGAGGAAUGGAAAGAGAUAUUGGUCUGCUUCAAAGAAUCGGUGAUACAUACCUUUGUCAUAUUCUCUAAAAUUGUAAGGAUGAUGCAAGAUAUUGAAAUUCCAGAUAGAAUUGAUUCUUAUUCAGAAUCGGAGCAAUAUUCGGAUCAUGAAAUUUACAGUAAUGAUGAAGAGGAAGCUAAUAUGGAGACGACUUCUUAUGCUAUUGUCAAACUGAAGAAUCAUAUGGCCCUACUGCUCGUAGUGAUUCAGAACAUUUUUAAAUUACAUGAGGAGCAGAGGAAAUAUCUUUAUGCUGAGCAUAUUAGCAUUCUUUUGGAGAUGGUAUCCGCUAUCGCGACGCAUUCAAGUGAAGUGAGCUCCGAAUCUUCCUUGCAGAUGAAAUUUCAUAAAGCAUGUUCCCUUUUGGAGGUAUCUGAGCCAGCAAUUGUCCAUUUCGAGAACGAGUCCUACCAGAGUUACCUCAAACUUCUACAAGCUCUGCAACAUGACUAUCCAUCCCUGUCAGAAGAUAUGAACAUAGAAUCUCAAAUACUUCAAGCCUGCGAGAAAAUAUUGCGGAUAUAUCUGAAGUGUGCAGGACAUGAACCAUCUGAUGAAGCUUCUCAUGGAGAUCUGUCUUUACAUUGUGCAGUGCCGCUGAGCGCUGCUAAGAAAGAGGAACUGUCUGCUAGGACUUCGCUGCUCCUUCAAGUGAUGAAAUUACUGGGCAAUCUAGAGAGGGAUUCCUUCAGCAGAAUAUUGCCAUGCUUUUUCCCAUUGCUAGUUGAUCUUAUUCGCUGUGAACAUAGCUCUGGUGAAGUUCAACACGCACUGUACAAUAUCUUUCGAUCAAUUAUAGGACCCGUGAUACGAGUAUAAUAGCAGAUUCUCACCCACCAACUGUACAAUUUUUUCCCCUUCAAAAAACUGUACAAUUUUGUGACCCCAUUUUGACGUUGUAGUCCAUUAAUCUAGAGAAAAUUCCUCCUAUGGGGAAUUAUACCUAGGUUGGCACCUCAAGUGUAAAUGAUUUCACUGCUCUCCUUCAGAAUCGUUGAGUACAAGGAUCACAUUACAGAUGCUGCAGAUUCUGGGAAAGAUCUGGGAGGCAAAUAUGCACUGAGGUAAAAUUUUUGUGAUCCAAAUGCAGAAGGUUUCAGUUUCUGCCCGGUUUCUACUGUACAGUACCGUGUGGCGCGUUAACGGCAGCGCUGGAAGGAAAUCUUUUGAAGUUACUGCUAUGUAAUUCCUUGUGAAACCAAACUCACUCAAAUAUGAAUUUUAUUUUUUUGCUCA